GAUUUUGUUCUUUAAUGCACGUGAGACAAAUGUUAUGGUGGCGUUAUUUAACAGACGGACAUCGUUUGAAUCAGAGGGGCAGAAAGUGACGGAUUCGUGGAAUUCCGUCAUCGUGCGCAACAAAUCUGUUAGUUAGUCGGAAGGUUAGAGGGAAGUGGGGUUUGGUGAGAGGGGUUUAUGGUUGGCAAGGGCUCGAUCGGGCGAGCAGUGAGGAAAGUGAAGUAGGGCGAUAUCAAUGGCAGAAAGCAAGGAGGCGGCGGUGGCAACGUUUGUUAACCUGGCCGAGGAGGCCAAGUUAGCGAGCGAAGGGGUCAAAGCCCCCAGUCACGCUAUUCUCACUGUCUGUAAAUCUCUCGUGGCGGGCGGCGUGGCAGGAGGGGUGUCCCGCUCUGCUGUUGCUCCAUUAGAGAGACUGAAAAUCCUGCUUCAGGUUCAAAACCCUCUUAACCGCAAGUACAAUGGUACGAUUCAAGGAAUACGUUAUAUUUGGAAUACAGAAGGAAUCCGUGGUCUUUUUAAAGGAAAUGGUACAAAUUGUGCCAGGAUAGUACCAAAUUCUGCUGUAAAAUUUUACAGCUAUGAGCAAGCUUCCAGUGCAAUCCUCUGGUUAUAUAGACAGCAAACAGGGAAUGAAGAAGCACAACUUACACCCGUUCUACGUCUAGGAGCAGGAGCUUGUGCAGGAAUAAUUGCAAUGUCUGCAACGUACCCAAUGGACAUGGUUCGGGGAAGGUUAACUGUUCAGACAGAAAAGUCACCUUAUCAGUACCGAGGAAUGUUCCAUGCAUUGUCAACUGUAUUCCGUGAAGAAGGUCCAAGAGCGUUGUAUAAAGGCUGGUUGCCAUCUGUAAUUGGAGUGAUUCCAUACGUUGGUCUUAACUUUGCUGUUUAUGAGUCUCUGAAAGAAUGGUUGCUCAAAUCCCGACCCUUUGGUUCAGAUGAAGGCUCAGAGCUGAGUGUUGUAACAAAAUUGGCCUGUGGAGCUGCUGCAGGAACUGUUGGGCAAACUGUAGCUUAUCCACUUGAUGUGAUAAGGAGGAGAAUGCAAAUGGUUGGGUGGAAAGAUGCUUCUUCUAUUGUAACGGGAGAUGGAAGAAGCAAAGCUCCUCUUCAAUAUUCGGGUAUGAUUGAUACCUUCAGGCAAACUGUGAGGAAUGAAGGUUUUGGUGCACUAUACAGAGGUUUGGUCCCAAAUUCAGUGAAGGUAGUGCCAUCUAUAGCAAUUGCCUUUGUGACAUAUGAAGUUAUUAAGGAUCUCCUCGGUGUGGACAUGAGAAUUUCCGAUUAAAGAAAUUCAAACUUUUUAUUUGGUAGCAUCUGGAGAAAGUUCUUCAAUUUAAUUAGAAGGAAUUAAUCCUCUUCAGGUUUUUCUAGUAUUCAACAUGAUGUAGAGCAGAUGUUUUCUUGAUGGCUAGAUAUAAAUCUUUAAAGGCAGGUGACCACUGUUGAAGACAAAUAAAAUUUGUAACGGAGAAAUUGGACUUUGCACAUUCCAGCGGUUUUGUUAAGCUGAGGAAACAAGUAUCUAGUUAAUAUUGAGGUUAUUUGCCAAUUAUAUUGCCUUCAGGCAGUAUGUGUAAGGAGGGCAAGAUUUGCUCCGUUGCUUAAAUUUACAUUCAGAAUGUUUCAAUUGAUCAUAAUGCAAUUCAGUUUGGGCCUCGAGCCUAUUCUAGAGUUA